AUUUCUUAGCUUCUAAAAAAGGUGCCACAUCAACUAAAAUUUAUCACAACCAAUCAAAUUGCCAUAUCAUCUUAAUUAAACAUGUUAUCUUACUUAGGAAAAAUCAGUCAAAUCUCAAUUACACUAUUUUCCCCAACGCCGCCAAACACAGCAAUUUAUAGAAUGGCUUACAAGCAAGUAUAUUGAGAUUCAAUUUCUCACGAGAUUUUACCUAUCGAUUGCAAAGGAAAGGGAUCGGUCAUCACCCUAGUCUCGGAUACUCUUAGUAACCCCUGGUACACUGCUGGAUGAGUUGCGGGAAGUAUAUAAACGCGAGUUAGAAAAUUUAUAUUGAGGAGCUCCGUAGCAUCCUUGGAUCCUCCAGCAGACGAUCUUCUUCGGAGAGAUUCGUACUGGGACCGACCGAUCGACCAAGGCUUUUCGAGCAAACAGAAAUGGACUACGACAAUAAAGGAUGCCAAAGCCCACCCGAAGGUCCAAAGCUAUGCAUCAACAACAGCGGUUUCUUCGGAAGCGACGCCACAAUGAACAUGUGUUCCAAGUGUCACAAAACUAUGUUGUUUCAACAGGAACAGGGUGCUAAGCUUGCAUCUGCACUGUCUGGAUCACCCAGCAACAUCCUAAAGGAAACCUUCACUGCUGCGUUGGUUGAUGCUGAAACCAAAACCACCGAGCCAAUAGCUGUCUCUGUACAUCCAUCCUCUGUCGUCGAAGAGGUAGUAGCACCAGAAGAAGCUGCAGCAAAACCAAAGGAAGGACCAAGCCGAUGUACUACUUGCAACAAACGGGUUGGUUUAUGAGGUCAACUCUUUAGUGAAUCUUCCUGGCCUUGAUGGACAUCGAGCAUCUCGAGUCUACCUGUAAUGGUUUGAGCUGUAUUGAACCGAGUAAACAUUGAGGUAAUUGCAGAUAUUUUCUUUCAUGUAUUUGCUUAUUGUUUGUUACAAGGAUACAUCUUGGUUGUUCUCUGCAUCGAGUACAAGGUUAGAGCGACAGUAUCUGGUUUCUGGUCUGUGUUACUUUGGACUACGCAAACGGUCCUCAACACUACAAGACUUGUCUG